GUGUAAUCCGCCGAGGAAACUUGGUUGUCGCUUAUUUUCGUCUCCAGGAUUUGUAGCGCGGUGAGCUGAAUGCGGUGUGCGCCGGUCUGCGUUUUUUUUCUCCCUCAAAUGGAACCGAAUGGAAGUCGUGAUGAAAACUGACUGGAUGUACAGUGGGGAUACUGUCAAGUCUCCAAAAAAUGAGAGGGGAGAAUGCAGCCUAGACUAAAAAAGACGGACUGGCAUCACAGCGCACCAACACAUUAACAGGGUCUUCAUGCAGAUCCACACUGCAGUUUUCACUAUUGAGUGAAAGAAGUUGAGACGAAUGAAUUUUUCAAAGCUUUAAGCAUCUGUUUUUAUCAGGCUGCAUGUUGCCUCGGAAUAUUAUCCAAAGGAAGAACAUUGAUCUCCAUGGGCGAACUUCCAAUGCUCUACAUCCCACAGCUUGGCAGCAGCUGUAGCAGUGUUUGCAGAGUGCUGGUAAGCUGAAGGCCAGGGAGAUGUCACAGCUGUACUACCGGCGGACUGACAGCUCCUCAUACCGGGACCGCAUCCCGCUGAGAAUUGUGCGGGCUGAGUCGGAGCUGUCACCUUUGGAGAAAGCCUACCUCGGAGCUGUGGAGAAGGGGGACUUUGCAAGUGUCAAACAGGCUCUGGAGGAGGCAGAGAUCUACUUCAAGAUCAACAUCAACUGCAUCGACCCUCUUGGCCGCACGGCUCUGCUGAUUGCCAUCGAGAAUGAAAACUUGGAAAUCAUUGAACUCUUGCUGAGCUUCAGCGUCUACGUCGGCGAUGCCCUCCUGCACGCCAUCCGCAAGGAAGUGGUGGGAGCUGUGGAGCUGCUGUUAAAUCACAAAAAGCCCAGUGGGGGCAUGCAGGUUCCUCCUAUCUUAUUGGACAAGCAGUUCUCUGACUUCACCCCUGACAUCACUCCCAUCAUCCUCGCUGCACACACCAAUAACUAUGAAAUUAUUAAGCUCCUGGUGCAGAAAGGCGUGUCCAUGCCGCAGCCACAUGAGGUGCGCUGCAACUGUGUGGAGUGUGUGUCUAGUUCAGAUGUGGACAGCCUGCGGCACUCGCGCUCCCGCCUCAACAUCUACAAAGCGCUGUCGAGUCCCUCGCUAAUUGCGCUCUCCAGUGAAGACCCCUUUCUCACUGCGUUCAGGCUCAGCUGGGAGCUGCAGGAGCUCAGUAAGGUGGAGAAUGAGUUUAAAUCAGAGUACGAGGAGCUCUCUCAGCAGUGCAAACAGUUUGCCAAGGACCUUCUGGACCAGACAAGAAGCUCCAGAGAGCUGGAGAUGAUCCUUAACUAUAGAGACGACAUCAACUUAUUGGACGAGGAGGGCAACAACGACCUGGCAAGACUCAAACUAGCGAUCAAGUACCACCAAAAAGAGUUUGUAGCUCAGCCAAACUGCCAGCAGCUUUUGGCGUCCCGCUGGUACGAUGAGUUUCCCGGCUGGAGGCGGCGCCACUGGGCAGGGAAGUUCAUCACCUGUGUCUUCAUCGGACUCCUCUACCCCGUGUUUGCUCUCUGCUACCUCAUCGCUCCCAAGAGUCGCCACGGCCUUUUCAUACGCAAGCCCUUCAUCAAGUUCAUCUGCCACACGGCGUCCUACCUGACCUUUUUAUUCCUGCUGCUCCUCGCCUCCCAGCAUAUUGUCACCACAGAGCAGGACAGGCAGGACAGGCAGGGUCCUGCACCAACCACUGUGGAGUGGAUGAUUCUGCCAUGGGUUCUGGGAUUCAUCUGGGCAGAAAUCAAACAAAUGUGGGAUGGUGGUUUCCAAGACUACGUCCAUGACUGGUGGAACCUGAUGGACUUUGUCAUGAAUUCUCUGUACCUAGCCACCAUCUCCCUCAAGAUUGUAGCCUACACUAAGUACAGUGGUAGUAAACCCAGGAACCAGUGGGAGAUGUGGCACCCAACACUAGUUGCUGAGGCAGUGUUUGCCAUAGCAAACAUUUUCAGUUCCCUGCGCCUCAUUUCACUGUUCACUGCCAACUCUCACCUGGGGCCACUGCAGAUCUCUCUGGGGAGAAUGCUGCUGGACAUCCUGAAGUUCCUCUUCAUCUACUGCUUGGUCCUUUUGGCUUUUGCUAAUGGGCUAAACCAGUUGUACUUUUAUUAUGAAACCAAGGCUUCAGAUGAGAAGGGAAAAUGCAAAGGCAUCCGCUGUGUGGAGCAGAAUAAUGCUUUCUCAACGUUAUUUGAGACACUGCAGUCUCUCUUCUGGUCAAUCUUUGGUCUGAUAAGUCUGUAUGUGACCAACGUUGAUGCCGACCAUCAGUUCACUGAGUUCGUAGGCGCCACUAUGUUUGGCACCUACAACAUUAUCUCGCUUGUGGUGCUCCUCAACAUGCUCAUAGCCAUGAUGAACAACUCAUAUCAGCACAUUGCUGAUCACGCAGACAUUGAGUGGAAGUUUGCCAGGACAAAGCUGUGGAUGAGUUACUUUGAAGAAGGGGCCACUCUGCCGGCCCCGUUCAACAUCAUCCCCAGUCCUAAAUCAUUCUGGUAUCUCAUGUGUUGGAUCAAGAGACAAGUGUGCAAGAGGACAAGAUCCAAGCGGCCAGAAACGUUCGGAAGUCUUGGAAAGCGAGCAGCAGAGAACCUGAGGAUAAACAAUCAGUAUCAGGAGGUACUGAGAAACUUGGUAAAACGUUAUGUGGCUGCCAUGAUCAGAGAUGCCAAAACAGAGGAGGGCUUGACUGAAGAGAACUUCAAGGAGCUGAAACAAGAUAUCUCCAGUUUUCGUUACGAGGUGAUGGGCAUGAUGAAGACAGGGAAGCCUGCACUACAGGGUGCAAAAGCCAGCAGCAGCUCAGUGGAGUCCAGUUUUGCCUACCCCAACUCCUCGCUCAAGGUCUCUCCAUCCCCUCAGAGCAGCCAGGGGAAAAGCAAACUCAACCGAUUCAAGAUUAUUGCAUCCAUCCUCAAGCAGGGUUCUUCUACAGCUUCACCCCGGCCGCCUGAAGCCUCCAAUGGUCUACCCAAUGGACUUGUAGUCUCUGAGGAGAGCUCCAGUGAAAAGUCAAGCCAGAAGAGAAAUUCCCCCAAAGAUAUCACUGACUUUGGCUUGUUCCAGAAACACCACUGGGGUGGCAGCGAAGCCGCAUCCGUUGCAGGAGAGCUUUCCAGAGAGAUGUACUCUUUGUCUGAGGAAGCAGGGGAGUCUGGGGGCUCAGACACAGAGCAGCAGGACAAAGAGCGAAAGGGAAGAGGUGGGGAUGAGAAGGGAUUCCUGCAGACAGAAAAGGAGGAGGAAGCUGCGGUAAAUGGGGCCCCAAAUGAAAACAGUGAGGUCUCGAACACCAACAGCUCGGAUGGAUGUGGAAGAAAAGAAACAGAGGACAAGGAUAAAGAGAGUUUACCCUGCAGUGACUCAGUAGCUAGUGGAUGUCUGUCAUCUAGAGAAGAAGCAUAGGUUGUGAUGUUACAUGAAGUUAACUAUACAGGCCAAGUAAUGCUGGACGGAGAGACUGACAAUCAAAGUGAGCUACA